CAUGCGGUUUAGCAACACAACACGGCAGGGAGGAGGGAACCUGUGCGCCACUGAGGAACGAAGCAGUAAAAAAACCUCCAAAAAACAAGAGUUAAUAUAAUUAAAUACUAAUAACAGUAACACAAAAUAAUAAUAAUAACGUGGGGGUUUUAAUCAUGUCUAACAACCAAGACGAAAGCGACCAGGGGCCCAAGAGUUCCUUCACCACUUACGUUGCCGAAGGAGAUCAACUUUUCAUUAAAGGCGAAUUCGCAAAAGCCAUCGAAAGCUACACCACUGCUCUUAUACUCCAGCCAACUGAAAAAAACUGUUUGGUGGCUCGUUCCAAAUGUUAUCUCAAACUUGGGGACCCAGAAAAUGCACUGAAGGAUGCUGAGACUUCUCUCAAAAACGAGAAGGAGUUCUUCAAGGGUCUCUACCAGAAAGCAGAAGCCUUGUACGCGAUGGGAGACUUUGAGUUUGCCUUGGUGUUUUACCACCGGGGGCACAAACUGCGCCCAGAGCUUCAGGAAUUCAGACUGGGGAUUCAGAAAUCCCAGGAAGCCAUUGACAACUCUGUCGGAAGCCCUGCUUCUGUGAAACUGGAAAAUAAAGGAGACCUAUCCUUCUUUCAUAAAAAGGAAGAGGGUAAGAAAGGCAAAGCGAAAGGGCAGAUCCGGCCUCUGAAGAAGGAACAGAAACAGCAGAGCAAAAGUCCGAGGAGUGAGAAGACAGUUCGGCAGCUGCUGGGGGAACUGUACAGCGACAAGGAAUACCUGGAGAAACUGCUCAAAGACCAGGACCUGGUAAAAGGUAACACGCGCAGUGGGAUCAAAGUCCAUGACCUGAUCCUGAGUGCCAUCACCUACCUGGACACGCGCACCGAGUUCUGGAGGCAGCAGAAGCCCAUCUACGCCCGGGAGAGGGACCGCAAGCUGAUGCAGCAGCAAUGGAACAAAACCAAGCAGAGCAAGCCCUCCUCCGACCCCACCAAAUACAUCCUGAAGAGCCUGGAAGAGAUCGAUCUAGCCCUGGCUGCAGGUGACCCUGAGCUGAGCUGCAAGAAGGCCAGGCAGGUGCUGAAGAUAGUGCAGGGCUGGUCAGAUGAGGACGUUCCCAAUAAGAUGGAGGUGAUUGGGAAUCUGCACAGCUGCCUCGGGAACGCUAAGAUCGAGAUUGGAGACAUGGACGGAGCACUGGAGUGCCACAACAAGGACCUGGAGAUUGCCAGGCAAAAUAAUCUUCUGGAAUCUAAAUCCAGGGCGCUGGACAACGUCGGUCGAGUGUAUGCAAGGAUCGGCAAGUUCCCGCAAGCAAUAGAAGCUUGGGAGGAGAAGAUCCCGCUGGCCAAGUCGAGUUUGGAGAAGACGUGGCUGUUCCACGAGGUCGGGCGCUGCUACCUGGAACUGGACCGGCACACCGAGGCCCUGGACUACGGAGAGAAGUCCCUGGCAUCAGCCACGGAGGCAGAAGAUGAUGAGUGGCAGCUGAACGCCAGUGUGCUGGUGGCACAGUCCGAUGUGAAACUGGGAGACUACCAGGCAGCAGUCAUGUAUUUUGAAAAGGCUCUGGAGAGGGCAAAGCUGAUAAACGAUGAGGCAGCGAAGGAGGCUAUCAGGAAUGCUCUUGAAGAUGCUAACAAACGCAUUGUUGAGCAGUUUGAAGUGGAAAAGCUGGGGGAUGGAGCUGAAAAAAAUCAGGACACCGUGAAGGGUAAUAAAGAGACUCUAAACAAGGAAAGCACACAAGAAAAGGAAGAAACCAAUGAUGACUGAAGCCAUGUGUCCUCCAGAGAAUACCUCCCUGUAUUUAUUUAAUAUAGUCAAAUAAAUGAAAUGUAUUUCUAAACUGCUGUCUCACAAUACAAUUAUGGCUUUUUUUCUGAUCUUAUAAAGCUGUCAAAAUUCUCUCACAGUGCCUCAUGUAUGCUUUCAUCUCCAAUGCUUUAAAGCAACAAGUCUCCUUGAUUUUGUAAAUAAAAACUCAAGAUUUAUAAACGUGA